CAAUUCCUCCCUCAAACAUUAAACAUCAACCUUCAUCAUGGGUAUCCUCGACAAAGCAACCGCCAAGGUUCAGGCAGAGCUGAACAAGCGGAAUCCACCUGCCAACACCAACACUACAACAUACGACAAUACCCACAACAGUGCUCAUGGACAAGGUCUGGUUCCUGGAUCGCAUGCCAAUAACCCGAACGCUAUUCCAACUGCUGGCGGUCAGCAGGUCGGUGGAAACACUGUUUACAAUGAUGCACCUGGCAUGAAUGCGGGUUCCAACACUGCUUACAACAACGCGGGUGUCCAUCAGACUGCCGGUGACAAGAUGCAGAACGCUCUUCCCGGUCAACACGGAAACGCUCACGAUGCUCACGGCAACUCAGUCGACGUGAGCGGCCCUGGACACAACACGCACACUGGUGCUCAUACUGGCCCCCACGCGGGUGGACUUACCGGCGCUCACAACACACACAGCACACACAACACCCACACUGGACCAGACAACCGGGGUAUGAUGGACAAGGCAAAGGACGCCAUGAGCAGCAACCGCACCAACCAGCCCGAUGAUCCUAUCACCGGUACCAACUAUGACCAGAACAACCGCAACACCCACACGAAUGAUCACUACAACACUGGAAGCGGCAUCACUGGUAGCAACACUCACCACCCAGGCGGCCUCACUGGUGGCAACACUUAUUCCACUCACGAUCAGCACGGCCACGACGCGGGACCUGACAACCGAGGCAUGAUGGACAAGGCUAAAGACGCCAUGAGCAGCAACCGCAGCAACCGCAGCAACCGCCCUGACGAUCCAGUUACCGGUACGAACUACGAUCAGAACAACCGCAACACACAUGAUAACUACGGCCACACGGGCGCGGCGGGGGUUGCCGGCAGCAACACUCAUCAUCAAGGCGGUCUCACAGGCAGCAACACGCACACCAGCCACGGCGUCCACGAUCAACACAAUGCGGGUCCGGACAACCGCGGCAUGGUGGAUAAGGCGAAGGAUGUUUUGAGCAGCAAGCGAUCAAACCAUCCGGACGAUCCAGUGAUCGACACGAACUACGACCAGAACACCUACAAUACGCACAACACGCACUCCACUGGUGGGGUCACGGGUACUAAUGACCCUUACCACCAGGCUGGUACCGGAUUCCACGGCAACACCACUCAUCACCAGACCCGAUCAAGCGUGACUGGCAGCAACGUUCACUCCACGCAUGCCACUCACGGACAGGACAAUCGGGGCAUGAUGGACAAGGCAAAAGACAUGCUGAGCAGCAAGCGCUCAAACCACCCCGAUGACCCCGUGACGGGCACGAAUUACGAUCAGAAGAACACCGCUGGCGUGCACGGCAAUGCCUACGGGCAGCAGCCUGGUGUUGGAGGAUACAACGCUCCCGGAAGCGGACCCGCUCCGAACUACUAGAUGGAAAUAAUGCGAAGAUACCCGUGGGAUC